AUGGGUGGGAGUCUUCUUCCAAUCUCUGUGUUUGGCCUUAUGCAUAUUCUAUUGGUGAGCAAUGGCUGCGUGGCUUGCUACAGAGAACCCAGAUCAACUGAAACUCCUCUAAAUGAUCCACUUUCCAGUUCUAUAGCUCAAUUGGUUAAGAAACCGAGCGUCUCUGAAGAUUUCUGGCCAACAAGCACAGUUGAUAUGGACAACAUCACCUUUCCUUCUCAGGGAGGAAGCAUAUCAUGA